GGCGGAAAGAAUAAAAGGAAAGGGCUAAAUAUAGAACAUGAAAGAAAAUGGUGUUUAAUCAGAGCAGUUGGGAUACGUACAUUGAAGCUAUACUUUAACUGUCUAUUGAAGGGAAUGCCCCGCUCUAUGGAAGCUCCCCUUUGAAUAGACAGACAUUAUGAAUAUUGUACAUUGAAGUGUGCCAUGUCAUUAUUUAAUUUUGGUGUCGAUUCCUGAAUGUUUCCAUCAGCCCAAAACGAGUUGCAGUUGUCGGUUAUACUUUCUUAAAAUGGGAAUCACAUUCACGAAAUCUAAUUUCAUGAUGAUUUCUGAUCACCUCCUUUGUGUUAGAGGUAUACUUCUGAAGACAAUGUGUUGAUUACGAUGUUCAAACCAUGUGUAAAGGAGGUUCACAUUCAAGGACACAGGAAUUUCACUUGGAAAUGGAUAAACUCUCUGUUUGAAAUAAGAACGAAAAGGAUGAAAACACAAUUAGCAUCAAUCAGUUUAACAAAAAUCAUCAAAGUGAACAUUGCAAACUGAAAGACAAUGAAAACUCGUAUUAGCCAAAGUGUCGGAUAACGCAAAAGGGCAUUAGACCAAACGCGCUUCGGAAAACACAGGGAUCCAAUGAUUGUUAAGAACGCCUCCCAGGCGAGCAGCGAUCGGUAGAUUUAUUGGAAAACUAAUCCGCUAUAGAAAGGACGGUCAGGGUUUGGUAGACAGCAGUCAAAGCGAAGACGAGGAAAGCGAAACAUGGCAGUAGAGACAAAUUCAACGUUCAGUAAACAGGGAAAUGACUCCAAAUUGACGAGAGAUUCCAUGGAAAUAUUUAAGGUUGCUUCAACAACGACGUUUCUGUUUUUCAUUUUCAUUGCCAGCGUCGCAGGGAAUUUAUUAGUGUUUUUAGUUUUUUACAAGCGCCCUGCGUUAUUAACGAUAUCCAAUCGAUUUAUACUGAAUUUGUCAAUUUGUAGUUCCCUGAAUACACUUCUUGUAAUGCCGUUCAUGUUUGGUGCUUUAAUUGCUGAGGACUGGCUAUUUGGAAGUAUUUGGUGUAAAGUGACAGGAUUUUUGAUGAACGCUAUAUUUGCUGCCAGUACGUUGACCUUAGUAGCUGUUUCAUUAGACAGAUAUUGCGCAGUGGUCACGCCGCUUCACUAUCAGAUGCGGAUUACUAAACGAAGAUCUGCUCUAAUGAUAGCCGCAGUCUGGAGUUUGGCCGUUUUGGUUUCGCUACCUCCUCUGUUCGGAUGGAACCACUAUCAUUAUCAAAAAGACAAAGGUACAUGCACGGUAUUGUGGUCAAGCCGAAUUAAAGAUGAAAGGUACUACACAUUUUCUCUAGUAACUUUGACUUUCAUUUUGCCGCUGUGUGUUAUUUUGUGGGCUUAUCGCGUCAUCUUCAAGGCUGCUCAAAACAACAGCGAAAGAACCAGACGUAACAGUGUGAUCCCCAAUAACCAGUUAGACGAGGCGUGUACUACCCAGACGCCGCUCAGAUUUGAGAGACGUCGCAGUAGUACGGCGCCCAUUCUUCACCGCCGUCUCAGCACCAGCAGUAGCAGGACGGGACCGCUAUUGUGGCAUAGAGAUGAAUGGAAAACCGCGCUGGCGAGUCUCCUUGUCGUAUCCACCUUCAUUGUGUGUUGGCUCCCCUAUUUCAUCAUCAUUAUUUUAGAAACAAUUUUACAAAAUUCACAAGAAAUCCCUCCCGUGUUAGAAACCAUCUCUAUUCUUUUAGCCAUGAUGAGUUUCGCGUGUAACCCUCUUGUGUACGUUUUUAGGAGUAAGUUAGCUAGGCAAGAACUAAAAAUAAUAAUGAAAAUACAAAGCCGAGAAAGUAUAAACAUGUCUUUAUCCAGAAGAGGGAGUGAAUCAGUAUUUUCACGGGAAGGCAUCGUUCAUCAAAGCAGCACAGAAUCUGACACAGUACCAUUCGAGAAACCUCUGCAUUUAUCAUCGACAUCAACAACGCUGACCUCAUUGGUUUACAACCAGCCUGUCACAUCUCAGCGGUCCUGACAAAAACGCCGCUUCAAAGUGUCCCAGUCCUCAAUUUGACAUUUGAUGAGAAUCUUGGGUGUUGUAUGAAGUAAAAGCAUUCCACGUGAUUCUUCCAAGACACACCUUUGUUAUCUAUAAUUGGUAAUAUUAUUUAUUUGUUUUCCCAGUUUUGAUGUUGUAUUUUAUGUCUUUUCAUUUGUAAUGUCACGGACCUUCGUCCAAUUUUGAAUGAUAAUGUAUUCUAAUUCGCGCGGAGAAUUUGCGUUACAAGUAAUCAAAAGUUGAUGUAUUUGGAAGUGAGUACUAUUAAAUACCUGAAUGAGUCGGGUGUAAAACACAAUUUUAGAAAAAAGAAACCAUUUAAACGCCAUGUUUGUGUCAUUGAAAUCCAAAUAUCAUAGUUGUCUUCAUAUUUGUACAUCAUAUUUGUAUGUCUACGAUGGUAUUAAUUUUGAAAACCAUUCGCAGGGACUUUUCUCACCAAGUAAUUAUUUUUGAUUUGCAAUUAUCAUUUUUCAUCACGUGGAAUAUAUUCGUCUCCAUGUAUUGUAGACAAACCUCUUCGCAAUUCAAUUGAUAGAAUCAACGCUGUUAAUUUUCUUCCCCAAAUACGUUUGCAAACUUUACUGAGUAGUAUAUUUUUUAAAACAAACCUUCAGUAUGCUACAUUUGUAGACAUUGCUAGUUCAUAAAUAUUGUUAUGUUUAUUGAAAUUGCCAGGGAGGAUUUAUAUUUUUAUUUAUCGAAUAAUUUUUGGCAGUUUAAUGUCGUUGUUGAAUGUUGUCAAAUACAUUAAUGUACAUCGUGGAUUGUAUAGUAUAGGUUUUUGAUAUCUACUUGUUUUAAAGUACAACAUUGCAUGACGUGUAUUAUAAAUAUUUUCAUUUGUGAAAACAAGGUUCGCAAAUUUCUUAUCAUUUGAUGAUUCUUUUGUUAAGAUCUUGUGAAAUUCUGUUAAUUUUACCCAAUCAUUAUUGACUCAUGGAGACGUAGAAUUAUGUGUAUUUGCAGGAACUUGUAGACAUUGAGUGGUUUGUUGAGAACUUUUUUUUCCUUCCCAGUACUGUUGGGUAUAGAUCUUACCUCAUGAGAAUUCUUCUGUGUACUAUUCCCGGUAACCCAUGCCAUAUAACUACAUGUAUAUAUACAUUGUAUUUAUUUUGUAAGAAGCCUUUAUAAUUAUGUAUGGACCGUACGUGCUAUUCUUGGGGGUUUCUGUUAGAUUUGGCGGAUUGUAAGCAGACAUUGAGCUUUCGCAACAAAAUUGUAGGUGUUCAGUUUGCGUGCAAUGGUUAACACUGACAGUUAUAUGGCGCUAUCUGCCGGCCGAAAUCGAUAUCUGUUAUCGAUUUGAGUCCUAGAAUUUUUGUCUAUUGAUUAGCGAUAUAGGAUGGAUAAAGGAAUUGAAGUAAGAAUUGCACAUAUCUUAUCUGGAUGGGAAGAGUAUAAAAUAGAGAAAAUUGUUCUGAAAAGAUAAACUUAGUAAAUCAAAAAAGAGGAUAUUCGUUCGUUGGUGAAACUAUUGAAACAAAAUUGGAAGUUUUUGUAAUCACGUUCAGUAAAACACAUAGAACAGAAAAUGUUAAGGUUUGAAUAUUGCAGUUAUUGUUAAAUCGUGUUGAAGUUGUCAAAACUGAUUUUGUUGUUGGUACUGGAUAUAAUUUGUUGUAUCCUAUUUAAAGCGUUUGGUACGAGAAAAAAAAAUAAAUCAAUAUGAAAUUGUU